CGAUUAGGUUUUCUUGUGUGACACGCGACGACGACAGACAUUUUCGAUUAUCAUACACAUUGAGAAAGAUCACUUUUUUUGCGCCUGUGGCUGGACGAACACUUCUUUCUUUUUUGUGUGCGAAUUUUCACGUUUUUAUUUCGUACGUCCGAAUUUAAGUAGCCAGAAAGUUCCGCAAACUAAGCACUACUGAGUGCGUGUGAAACCGACCAUUAGAUAGCGAAAUAGAAAGCCGAGACAUUCUUUGCGAUAGCAGGAAAAAACUCAACCAAACGAGAAUCAAUUUAUUUUUCCAGUGGAUUUAUUUGUUUAUCGUAUGUCCAUCCAAAAUUUAAAUACCUUUGACCCAUUUGCUGAUGCAACAAAGGGUGCUGAUGACAGCGUACAAGACGGCCUCGUUCACAUUCGAAUUCAACAGCGAAGUGGUCGAAAGACAUUAACAACGGUACAAGGUCUAUCAGCCGAAUAUGAUUUGAAGAAAAUUGUACGCGCCUGUAAAAAAGAAUUUGCAUGCAAUGGUACAGUGAUCGAGCAUCCGGAGUAUGGUGAAGUGUUGCAAUUACAAGGUGAUCAACGUGAAAACAUUUGCCAAUGGCUCACUAAAGCUGGUUUAGCCAAGUCAGAUCAACUGAAAGUGCACGGUUUCUAAGUGUCUUCGUUUCAUUUUUAAAUUGCACACAUACACACACACACACUCCCCUUUGCUCUCAUCAACACAAACAAACACUCAACUCUUAUCAAAAUAUCAAAUGUUACAUCGUUCAUCGUAUACCGUGCGGACAACAACACUCGCAGUUCGCCCUCACGACGACCACGACAUUUUUUUAAGAACAUAAUUUUUUUAUUCGUUGUUUCCCAGAGUUAUGCUUUAAUUCAUAAAGCUUCUUCAUGUACAUUAUUAUUAUAGAAUCGUUCACAACAAUAACAUAAUAAUAAAUAACAUAGAAAAUGAACAAAGGUA